AUGAGUUCUAUGAAAUUUUCAUGCAAACCUAGUUUAUAGUCCUUAAAAUCUUCUAAAUUUAGUGUAAGUACAACAUAAUAAAGAUCUCCAGAUUCUACUAAAUUGAUGAAAUGUAUAUUUAAAAUUAAGUCUACCUUUAGUAAAACAGACAUGCCUUAUGUAUAGCUAAAGCCCAAAGUUUAAAACUGAGAGAACUAAAACAUUUAACUUUGGUGAUAGUGAUUUGAAACCUGUAAAGAAAUUGGAGAAUUUGAAAGAGAAAAUAGAGAAAUCAAUGAUUCUAUUAUAAAAAACGAAAGGAUAAAAAGAUUUAUCAUUUUAAUUAAAAGUUGAGGACAUGAUUAAUGAGAUUAUGAAACUAUGUAGGAUUGACAAUAGAAUAUUAAAAUUAUUAUAAUAGAUAAAAGAUGAGAAAGAAUAAAAGCGACACUCUUAAUUAAAAACAAUGUUAUUUAUAAAUAGAUAAUAAAAUUAAAUAGAAUAAUUAGUAAAUAUAUAUAAUAAAUAAUUUUUAGAAAAAAAGAUGUUCUGAAUAUAAUUGA